UUGAUACCCGCCCUAGCUAGGGUUUCCCCCCCUCUUUUCAGUCUCACCGUUCGUCACUGUGAAUCGCCAAAAUGUCGAUGUCAAAGAGUUCCAAAAUGCUUCAGUUCAUCAACUACAGGAUGCGGGUCACCAUCCAAGACGGCCGGCAGCUGGUGGGCAAAUUCAUGGCUUUCGAUCGGCACAUGAAUCUCGUCCUCGGCGACUGCGAGGAGUUCCGCAAGCUUCCUCCUGCUAAAGGAAAGAAAAAUCCCAGCAUCAACGAGGAACGAGAAGAUCGUCGAACGCUUGGCCUUGUUCUUCUCCGUGGUGAAGAGGUUAUCUCUAUGACCGUCGAAGGUCCUCCUCCUCCCGAAGAGUCUCGUUCCAAGUCCGCCGGCGCUAAUGCCGUUCCUGGCCCUGGUAUUGGUCGUGCUGCUGGCCGUGGGAUCCCUACUGGUCCUCUCGUUCAAGCGCAGCCUGGUCUUGCUGGGCCCGUUCGUGGCGUUGGCGGUCCUGCUCCUGGGAUGAUGCAGCCUCAGAUCUCUCGCCCGCCGGUUCCGCAACUCUCGGCUCCGCCCAUGUCUUACCCUGCUCCUAGUGGAGGUCCGCCUGUGAUCCGGCCGCCUGGGCAAAUGCCACCAGGGGCUUACCCUGGUCAGCCACAAGCACCUCAGAUGCAACGUGGCCCGCCUCCAUCGGUACCACCACCGGCUUUUGGAGUAAGGCCACCACAGCAAUACCAAGUCCCACCACCACAAUUUGGUCAGAGGCCGAUGGUUCCACCUCCAGGACCAAUGAUGAGAGGACCUCCUGGUCCGCCACCUCCGAGGCCUGGAAUGCCUGCUCCACCUCCACCACGCCCUGGAAUGCCUCCGCCGCCAGGAGCUGUACCUGUUUUCGGGCCACCACGCCCCGGAAUGCCACCUCCUCCCCAAAACCAGCAGCAGAAUCAGCAGCAGUAGGAGUGCUUUUGAUUUGGUACGACAUAUUUCAACUCCCAAGUGCUUCUAUGGUCUAUUUUGCUGGAAUGAUAGAUGGUAUUUAGCCGGCAAUAAUGUGUAACUAGUUUAGUCAUUUAUGAAGCUGAGCUGAGUCUUCUAAAGAGAUAAAAAAAUGCAGGUUUUCUUCAUUUCAUAUAUUUGUGUAAACUUAUGUUGAGUCUUGGAGAGAACUUCACCAAGAAUGUUUAUUAUGUUCAACUUGUAUGCUUCCUUUAUCUUUAAUCUAAACUUUGUAGUUUCAUUUUUAAGA